CCCACCAGAUGUAAGGAGGAGACUCUUCCUGUUCUUCCCCAGCUGAAGGAUGAUGAACAGACCCUGGAAGGUUCUAUACCUCCUGUGGGCCGUUCUGGUGGCCCUGAUGGCCUUCAGCUACCAAAAAAGGAAGACAACGUUUAUAAAAGUUGAGGAAGUAAAUGCAGUAGAGACUUUGGUGAAGAAAGCCUUGCAGUACGUCACAGACGCAUACAAUGAGAAAAGUGAGGACAUGUACAACUUCAGGAUUCUCCGCAUCCUAAAGAUCGAGAAGCAGGUGACUGACCAUAUAGAGUAUCACAUCAGUGUGGAUAUGCAGAGGACCACAUGCCUGAAGAACGAGACGAGCAGCUGUGAGAUCCAGGAAGGCGCGCUUUACAAGAAAAUCCAAUGCUACUUCUCAGUGUAUGUCGUACCCUGGGUUGAAAAAUACAAAAUUCUCAACAAGAAGUGUACCAAUGACUGAGUGCACUGGAGCACACGCGGUGGCCACUGUGCUGGGGCAUCCUGCAAUUGACAGUAACCUUCAACUCUCACAAUAAACAUGUCGGCUUCUUCUCUUA